GGAAGUUGAACGUGGAAAGCUAGAGGCUAACAUCCGGAGUUUGAAACUCUCUGGACAUGUUGGAUUUGACAGUCUUCCCGAUCAGUUGGUCAACAAAUCUGUGCAAAAUGGAUUUGUUUUCAACAUUCUUUGCAUCGGUGAGACCGGACUUGGAAAAUCUACACUCAUGGACUCAUUGUUUAAUACAAGCUUCGAAUCAACUCCAAGUCCUCAUAAUUUGCCCUCAGUGAAACUAAAAGCUCAUACCUAUGAGUUGCAAGAGAGCAAUGUACGACUAAAACUUACGAUUGUUGACACUGUUGGGUAUGGUGACCAAAUAAAUAAAGAGGACAGCUUUAAAGCAGUGGUUGACUACAUUGAUGCUCAAUUUGAAGCUUAUCUACAAGAAGAAUUAAAGAUUAAACGUUCUCUGUCCAUGUACCAUGAUAGUAGAAUUCAUGUUUGUCUAUACUUUAUUUGUCCUACUGGCCAUGGCCUAAAGUCAAUUGAUCUUGUUUGUAUGAAAAAGCUGGAUACGAAAGUCAAUAUAAUUCCCAUAAUUGCCAAAGCUGAUACAAUAUCUAAAACUGAAUUACAAAGAUUUAAGAGCAAAAUCAUUUCAGAACUCCAAAAUAAUGGUGUUCAUAUUUAUCAAUUCCCUAUUGAUGAUGAAAGUGUUUCCGAUGUGAAUUCUACCAUGAAUACUCACGUUCCAUUUGCAGUUGUUGGGAGUACAGACUUUGUUCGUGUUGGUAAUAAAAUGAUGCGCUCACGACAGUAUCCAUGGGGGACAGUUCAAGUGGAAAAUGAAUCUCACUGUGACUUCGUAAAACUUCGUGAGAUGCUUAUUAGAACGAAUAUGGAAGACAUGAGAGAAAAGACUCACUGCCGACAUUAUGAACUAUAUCGAAAGAAGAGAUUAGAACAGAUGGGCUUUAGUGAUGUCGACAGUGAGAAUAAGCCAGUAAGUUUCCAGCAAACUUGUGAGGCUAAAAGAUCGACUCAUUUACAAGAACUUCAAAGAAAGGAAGAUGAAAUGCGACAGUUAUUCGUUGCUCGAGUGAAGGAAAAAGAAGCAGAAUUAAAAGAAGAAGAGAAAGAGUUACACAAUAAAUUUGAUAAGCUGAAAAAAGAUCACAUGGACGAAAAGAUAAAAUUGGAUGAUACUCGUAAGAAACUAGAGGAUGAUAUAAUGGAAUUCAAUAGAAGAAAAACUCAAAUUGCUCAACAAGCCCAACAUCAUACCCUUACUCUUGGAAAAAGUAAAAAAAAAUAAUAUGACUUUCCAGAGUAUACAAUCUAAUAUAACCACAUCAUCUAUUGAACUGUAUUUAUAAUUAAUACGUGACAUAAUGUACUAAUUUUCUACUGACUGUAGGAGUCUCUCCUGAAUUAUCCAAAGUGAAAAAGACGUUGAACUUUUACUUUUAAAGUAGUAAAGUAAAUUAAUUUGUAUAAUCAUCUUUUUUUAUAAAUGUAAUUUAUUGUAGAAACCGAAUUAUUUUUUCUUCAUUGAGCGCAGCAAGCAGUUUAGCGCACAAUACAUCAGAAUGUAAGCAGUAUUAACAAGUUUACAGUUAAUUGCA